CACUAGUUAGCAAAUUAGCUUUCUUCUUCUCUCUUUUCUUUUCUUUUUCUCUUAUAAAUCCCUCCUAUCCCUUUCACACAUAUCUCUUUUUCUUUCUCUAAAUCAUCUCUACUUGGUGGUGAUAAUAUUUGAUCUUCUCAUACACUUUGAUUCUCCACCAUAUCAUCAAAGAGCCAACCUUCUUCAUUCUUCUAUCAACCUUUAUAAAAAGAAAUAAAGAACCAAAAAAAGAAAAGGAAGAGAAAGAAAGAAAGAAAGAAUUAAAGGUAUCAAAAAUAAUACCUAAAUAAAAAAGAGAACACUAUGGUUUUCUCUUCAGUUUUACUCUAUUUAGAUCCUCCUCAUUGGCAACAGCAAACUAAUCAUCAACAAGGUGUUCAAGGUGUUGGUGGCCGCGGAAAUGAUCAUAAUAAUCCAAAUCAACACCUUAUUCCACCACCACCGUUGCCCCAACCACCCGAAUCUCAGGUGGUUAUGGGUGGCGGCGGUGGUGAUGGUGGACCAGGGGCGCAACCAAUUCACCAUAACUUGACAGCGGAGAGAGCUCGUUUAGCAAAGAUCCUCCCUCCAGUAGCUCCACUAAAGUGCCCCAGGUGUGAGUCUACCAUCACCAAAUUCUGCUACUAUAACAACUAUAACCUGUCACAGCCUCGUCACUUUUGUAAGUCUUGUCGCCGAUAUUGGACUCAAGGUGGGGCCCUAAGGAACGUUCCAGUUGGCGGAGGAUGCCGGAGAUCAACCAAGAGAUCCUCCAGCAAAUCCUCUAGUGGUGGUGGUGGCGGCAAUGGUAAUGGUUUCUCUUCUAAGUCCCCUCCAACCGCGAUGGUUGGUGGGGACAGAACGAGAAUGCCUCUACAUAUGGACUUGUUGAGCUCAAGUGGUACUAACCCUACCAUCUCCGGCAUCCCUUCAGCCGGUGGUGGGACCGGGAUGUCGCCUUUCAUGGCAUCUUUACAAAACAUAGCUCAACUAGGGAUGGGAAAUUUAGGUUUGAGCUUUGGUGGGUCCCUUAAUACACCUCCUCAACAUCACCCUCUAGGAAGAGUUAUUAAUGGUGAAGAUGGAAAUGACCUUCAUCAAUUAGAUUUUCCUCAUCAACUUAAUCCAAAUUCCAACAAUCAACAAAUGAGAUAUUAUAAUACCUUCUUAGAGGGUUUUGAUCAAAUCCCAAGCUCUUCAGUUGGAGCUGGAUUAUAUAACUCAUCCUUUCAACAACAUCAUCAUCAUCAACAACAACAAAAAAUCGACGAUGAUCAUCAUGAUCAUGAUGACCAUGUAUCAUCUAUGAACUCGCAAUUCGAGCCCGUGAAGAUGGAGGUUAUUGGGCAAGAAGGGCUUAAUAUAAGCAAGCAAUUCAUGGCAUCCAUGACUUCUUCAGAUAAUAAUGCAAUGGGUAAUCGAUUUUGGGAUAAUUCCAUUGGCAAUGAUACUAAUAUAGCAGCUUCUUCUAGCAUGUGGACUCAUCUUUCAGGCCUUAAUAAUUCUUCUUCAACUAGCCGUCUCUUGUGAAAUUUUUUAGUGAACAAUAUAAUUAGCAUGUUAUAUUGCUACUAGCUAAUUAAUUAGUUUAUGAUAUGACUCAAAAUUGGUUAUUUACUCAUUUUGGGAAAAUGUUAUGGAAGCUAGUAGUGAUCAAGCAAAGAUUUUCGAGACGGCGAACAAUGGUGAUGUUCAAUGAUCAUCAUCAAUCUUCAACAUGAUAAGGGAAGCUAGCUAGGGUUGAGAUGCAUAUCUUCAUCUCCCUCUUAAUGUCAUGAUGAGAUGAUACUAUUAGAAGUUAGUGAUCUAUAUACUCUAAGCUCUCUUUAUGUUCUUACUUUUUUCUUUUCUUCAAUUUCUUGUUGGAUGUGCUUGUAUUUUGAGUGUGGUGUGCUUAAGAUUUUUUUAAUCAAUCCUUUUUAAAGAAAUAUUAACUUUAAGUGCUAA